AUGGACCGCUUCUUCAACUCUAAAGAUAAAUUAAAGUUAAUCUCUGAUGUUGUUGUAAGAGGUAAGGCAAAGUUCAGAGCAGACCUUGAAUAUGAAAUCAUAAAAAUGACAAGGGAAUCAUCCAUUGAAGAAAUUGUAAAAAAAGUAAACGAGCACCACAAAACAUUUCCUUGUGACACCGAUCCAAUCUUAAGAUUUAUAUUCAAAUUAGCAAUGAAUCGUCCAUUAAUGAGUUCAGUUUAUGGAGUUCUCUUUAAUCUAAUCAAAACAACAACGAAUGUUUAUUCAAUUUCUCUUCCUUUUCCUGAUAGAAUUUUUAAUGUUGGAAAAGAAAUUCAAGAGAACAAAUCGAUCAAAAACUAUGUAAAACAAGACAUGUUAAAUGAACUAAUAGAGUAUGCAGCAGAUAGCUAUGCUAAUUUAGAGCCAUUGUUUAAAACAGCAGUUAAAUAUGGAGCUGUAAACUGUUUCAAAUUCUUAUUGAACAAUGAAGUUAAUAUUAGUUUUUUAGAAGCAAAAUAUGCUUUGUUUGGCGGAAACUACGAAAUUAUUAGGUACUUCGAUGAGAAAGGUAUAGAUUUCAGUAGCUUAUUAAUGGUUGCAGCUGAGUAUUAUAGAGAUGAUAUCGUUGAUUGGAUCCUUGAAAGAUACAACAUUAAUUUUCGCCACUUUUAUAUUCAUUAUGGAAAUACAACUAUGAAAAGUUUUUUCUUUCUUAGGAAAAAGAAUGUUGUUUUCUUCUAUCCAAGCUUGAGUUCCUUGUACCAAACUACAGACAUAUUGUUUAGAGAUAUACUUAAAGCUUUCUUGAUAAACACUGUUGAAGAAUCAUUUCAGAAUUCAAGUGCAGGAUUAAACUACGAAGUUAUGAUUCAAAUGGAAGACACUCUUGAUGUAGAUUUCUGCACAGAAAAUGUUGUUAUGGAAGCAUCUUUAGUAGGAGCUUCUAAAGUAAUUGAUCAUUUAUUAGAUAAGGCUCGUGGUAGAAGAAAUUUAGCAAAUAUUUCAUUAAAAAAUGGAACAAAAAUUAAAAAUGUUGAAAUCACAAAGUCUUCUAUUAAACAUGGCGCUAAUGUUAAUGAUGAAGAAUAUUUAGGAUCAAUAAACUAUUUUAGUCCGAAAAUUCUUGAUUUAUUACUAGAAAAUGGUUUAGAUAAAGAUAAAAUGUUUGAUAUGGCAGUUCAAAAUUAUAGAAAUGAUAUGGCAGUUUAUCUCUCAAAGAAAGGUGUUGAUUUAGAAGAAGGAACAGUCUUCCAAUCACUUCUUCAUAGAAAUAUAGAAAAGGAACAUAUCCUUGAAGCAAUAAAAUUAUCGAGAAACUGUGGUAAAAAAUGUUUGCAAAUUGCAGUUUCUUUUGGAGAUCAAGAAAUCAUCAAUGAAGUUUUGAAGAGAAAUGGUGAAAAAUUGCCAGAUUCGGAUGUAUUACCCAAUCAGGAAUUAAAGAAUGAAUCAAAAGAGAAUGUAAUAGAAAUGAUUGAUCCUUUCAUCUCUGUAGAUAAUGCAAAACAUUUGAUCUUAAGAGGAGGAAAAUUGAAAUCAACUAAACCUCUUUUGACAUUGUUUGAUGCGAAAAACAUGAGGGUUUUAGAUUUAUUCAUUAAUUUAGCAGAGAAUGUUGCUCCUGCUCUUUAUAAAGCACAUAAAGAAAGAGAAGAUAUUGUUGAAAAAUUCAUCCUAAAUAAUGGAGUUGAUGAAAAAAAUGCAUUAAGAAGUGCCAUUAAAAUGCAGAAUAUCAAUGUUGCUUUGUAUCUGCUCUUGAAUGGUAAAUUCGACGAUUUAUCUCAAGAGUUGCAAAUCGCUCAAUCUUUAAAUAAUAGAGAAAUGUAUGAACUUGUUUUGUUAUUUGUAAAAUAG